AUGGCUCUCGUGUGGGCGGCGUUCGGUCUCACAUUCCUGGCAGUAUACACAGCGAACCUGGCAGCAUUUAUGAUUACAAGAGUGCAAUUCUACGACCUCAGUGGAAUCCAUGAUCCACUAAUCACCCACCCAGACAUGCACCAACCACCUUUCCGUUAUGGCACCGUUGAUGGUGGAAACACUCAUGAGACGAUGAAACGAAACUGGAAAACGAUGCAUGAAUAUGUUAAGAAGAAUAAAUUCUUUCACGACAACAUCUCUGCCGGUGUCGAAGCCGUCAGAAAUGAAGGGUUGGAUGCGUUCAUCUACGAUGCCGUCGUGCUCGACUACUGGGCCGGUAAAGACGCUAACUGUGAACUUAUGAUGGUUGGCAAAUGGGCAAGCAUGACGGGAUACGGUAUCGGUUUCCCGAAAAAUUCGCCCUACAGCUAUGGUCAACCAAUACAUGGUGAUCUCGAAAGGUUAGCAAACUUCUGGCUGACGGGUGCUUGCUCACCGGACAGUCACGGUCAAACUCACUCUGCUCCACUGGGAAUAGAAACUUCUCUCUCGGCGUUCUUCUUACUCGCUGGAGGCAUAAUCUUCUCAGUGAUUGUGCUCGGCUGCGAGUUCUUCUUCAUUCGCCACCUUAGAAAGCCGCUUCAAAGAAUCGAUCCUAACGGAUGGUGUGGUAUAAUCAGUAUGGCAUUGGGUAAAUCGCUCACAUUGCCGGAGGCGGUCGAUCCGAGUGCAGGAGUGGAGACACAGAGCGCAAUCGCUGGCAAACAGUCCACAAUCACCACUUUCAGGAGACUCUACCAUCAAGUCAGCGAAAUCAACAGCUCCCGUACAAAAACCGGAAUCCACUUUGAAGAAGAGAUUCCUCGAGAUCGAAACGAAUCUUUAGUUUGA